AUGACGCCACCUAAACCACCUCUGCUGUUGCUGUACGGCAGCAGCGGCGUCACGGUCGUGAGCGCAAAAGCCCUGGCCGCUGCGCAUGUAUCCGCCAGUAAGAUCAUCGUCAAUCUGCCAGGUGCCGGCAAUGUAGACGCCGAAGUGGUCCGUAGUCUGACUCCAGGCACCGCGGGCGUCACCAGCAUUAGUGUACAGCUCCCCACGGCUAUGAUUGCAGAGGAAAUUGACCACGCUGCUGCUUUUGGCGAAGACGGAGCCGAUGGGAUAGACGAGACCGCCUCCCAGAAUGUUCUCAACACCGUGGGUAGCAUUGUCACAGUCACCGCCAGUCAUUCGAACACCGCAUCCGCAUCUGCCUGGUUUCGCUUCUACAGACCCCAUCUCUAG